AUGGAGGAUGAUGAGGUUGCAUUUGUUCAAAGCUGCGACAAAUGUCAAAUUCAUGGAAACCUCGUUCAUGCACCUUCCACUCCUUUACACUCGAUAAGCAGUUCAUGGCCAUUUUAUAGCUGGGGACUUGACAUUAUUGGGAAGAUCAAUCCGCCGUCAUCAAAGCAUCACGAGUAUAUCAUAACUGCGACAGAAUAUUUUACCAAAUGGAUUGAAUCCAUUCCUCUACGAGGGACUACAAGAGCAACGAUUGCAGCUUUCAUUAAAGAGUACAUCAUUUGUCGGUUUGGCGGAAACGGACAAGAUGAGAGCACCAACAAAACACUAAUUCGGAUUUUCAGUCGAACAGUGUAUGACAAUCCUAGAGAAUGUCACGAACAGCUGCCGAUGGCGCAAUGGGCGUAUCAGACAACACCUAGAAGCUCUAUUGGAGUUUCUCCAUAUUCGCUCGUUUACGGCGCAUAUGCGAUCCUCCCAGCAGAAAUCAAGAUCCCGUCAGCCAGGAUUGCAGCAGCAAGUGGGGUCCACUGGAAUGAAGUUGAAGCAUCGAACUCCAGAAUCGCCGAUUUAGACACUCUAGACUCCAGAAGAGGUAAAGCAGAGGAACAUACUCAGGCGUACAGAAAUAGGAUCUCCAGGGCAUAUGACAAGACUGCUUACGGUAACGGCUACUACAAGAUCAUUAAGGUGGAUGGAGGCAAGUUAGAAGCAGUCAUCAUUGGAAAAUGGCUCAAGGCAUAUCAUGCUUGA